UUCCUUAGGAGAGCCACGUGGAGGAACUGUAUUGAGUGGAAGACCGAGCUAAGGUUCCCUUCCCUCGCUUCCCUUCCCUCUACAUAGUCUGAGUCUCCCAGGUCUUUGCUCUGUGCAUGUAAUCUAGGGUUUCUUCAAAUUCCUGCUCGAUCCCGUCUCUCUCUGCACGAAGAUCCCGUCAAUCACGAUUUUUAUGGAGGCAAUUUCGGCUCAGGGGAUGGAGGAGGCCAAGAAGUCGGAGUCCCAUUUGACAUCAGCCGCAGCUUUUGUGGAGGGUGGAAUCCAGGAAGCCUGUGACGAUGCUUGCAGCAUUUGCCUUGAAGCCUUCUGUGAUAGUGAUCCUUCGACGGUGACCAGUUGCAAGCACGAGUUUCAUCUGCAAUGUAUUCUUGAAUGGUGCCAGAGAAGCUCUCAGUGCCCCAUGUGUUGGCAAUCCAUCAGCCUGAAGGAUCCAACCAGUCAGGAAUUGCUUGAGGCAGUAGAACGAGAGAGGAGUUUUAGGUUCAAUCCAUCUAGAAAUGCCACUAUAUUUCAUCAUCCGACUUUGGGGGAUUUUGAGUUACAUAAUUUACCAGUAGGUGCAAAUGAUGCUGAACUCGAGGAGCGCAUAAUCCAGCACUUAGCUGCUGCUGCUGCAAUGGGACGAGCACGCCAUAUUGCAAGAAGGGAAGGCCACAGGAAUAGGUCAUCAGCACAAGGUCGUCCACAGUUCUUGGUAUUCUCAGCUCAUCCUAAUUCACCCCCUGCUGCUUCUGCUCCAGUUCAGAGGGGGGAAGGUGAAAAUGCUCAUGCAAUCGCUGUAGCUGCUAUAUCUUCCCCUCAUACGACUGUUGGAGAAGAACCUUCGCAACUCUCUUCUUCGGUACCGCGUCCCCAAACUGACCAGAUUUCUGCCUCAGCAUCAGGUUCAAGUGUUCUUGCUGCCAAUCAACGUGGAUCAGAUAGGUACUCUUUUGGCGCUACAUCAUUGUCAAAUUACUUUUGUUCGAUAAUAUUUCAUAAAUGCAUAUUUUUGUCUUUCAUUCUUUUGUUCUUUGUAUUAUAUUUACAUCAUUUCCCCUUCAGUAGGUCUUCUAGUCAACCAUUAUCAAGUAGUCAAGAUAGGGCAGGACCUUCAGAUUUCCAAUCUUUUUCAGACUCGAUAAAGUCUCGAUUAAAUGCAGUGUCAACAAGAUACAAAGAAUCCAUUUCAAAAGGCACGAAAGGGUGGAGGGAGAGAUUAUUUUCUCGUAACACUUCUAUGGCAGAUCUUGGUUCUGAAGUUAAAAGAGAGGUAAAUGUGGGGAUCGCAACUGUAUCACGCAUGAUGGAGCGUCUGGAAACCAGAGACAAUAGUAGAACAGGUGCUGCUUCUGUAUCAAAUUGUUUAGAGAAUACUUCUGUUGCAGAGUUAGAGAACCAGCAUACACCCGAGACUAGUGGUGACAAUUGUUUGAGAGACGCAAAUAAGCAAGCUUCAUGUGCUGCGGGUUCCAGUUCAACAUAAGCAUUAUUGCUCCUGCUUAAAGCAUUUCCUUAUAUAAAGAAUUCAUAUUUCCAUUUUCCGGGGAGAAUUGUAACUCUCAUGAAAGAUGCUUCUUUGAUAUCAGGUAGAACUGGCCUUUUCCAGAUAUGAAAAGCAGUGGAUAUGAUGCUUUUCCAUCCUCUCAAGGCCAUUUUGAUUGUCUCGUUACAUGUGAAAAAAAAGGGCGUAGGCAACUGAUAUCUAAUUUGGAAUAAAGAAACUAGAGGGACAUAGCUCCUGCAGUAGAAAUCAGUAUGUGUUUUGUAAAUUGAUUUAUAUGAAAGACCUUUGUGAAUUAUAUACUAUACAGAGUUGCACUGCUUUUAAGGAUGUUAUCAAUGAUCGCUUGGAACAUGAGUAUUUGAUAUGGUAUAAUCUUCCUCUUAUACA